AUGUUCAAAUUUGCAGAGCUCAUUCCUGGCCCUGGUCAAUCUCCUACGCUCCAAACGAUAGCGACAUCGUUAUCCAUGAUAGCCUAUUCCGCCGUCAUCGUUUUAUUAUUGGACUGCAUCAUUCGUCUAGUGAAGGAACGACACAUUCAGUCCAAGUGGAUGAAGCCUUUCCUAUUCCUCUAUUUGAUUAUCAUGUUUGCGUUGUCAACGGUCACAAUUGUUCAAGAAACUGUCUAUGUAUCAAAAGACGGAGACGGAGAUUCCAGUAGUCGAAUCAAGGAGACGUCGCAGCCUGCCGUCCUCUUUGGUAUCUUUGAUGUUCCAAUCUCGCUUCCGUUUACAAUCUGGGGUGCAGAUAUCUUCAUGACCUGGAGGUACGUGUUCACGCUUCCAAACUUUUAA